AUGUCGACAAGUUCGGACACUAAUGAAGAUGAUCGAAUAGUGGCAAAAUGUUACGUUGAAUUGGGUUAUGUUACAAAGGAAAAAGGCGAAUACGAUGAAAGUCUUCGUUAUCAUCGUCAAUCACUUGAAAUAUUUGAACGAAUCGAUGAUGCAUUGUGUGUCGCCGAUAGUCACUUAAAUAUUGCUGAAGUUUAUAAGGCCAAAGGUGAGCUAAAACAAGCAAUGUGUGAGUAUGAAAAAGGAUUAACAUUAUACGAAGAUGUUUAUGUGGAUGAUGCAAAUAAAAAUAGUGAUAGCGGAACUGAUCUUUCUCUCAAUUCAUCUUACUGUGAUCUACAACAUACAAAAUCUCUUAGUAAAUCUGAAGAAAUAUUACCACAAGUGACACGUAUUAAUAUCUUAGGAAAAGAUACAUCAAUUCAUUCUCCUCGACAUCCGGCAAAUGUUAGUAUAAUAAAUACAUCCAUUGCCUCAUUGAAUUUAAUUAAUUCUUCAUUAUCAAAAAAACUCAGUGAACUCGAAGGUAUUUCACAUUUAACGACAAGUGUCGAUGAUUCCGCUUUGAUUUUGUCUAAAAAUCUGACUGAUAAACGAUUAAAUUCACUUUCAUCUUCACGUACGUCUGAUCUUGAAGUAUUUGACGAUGCCGAUAUAUUUGCUCCAAUAUCAUCAUCAGAUUUUACUUAUGAAACAAGUGAUGAAACAAAACCUGAAGAAAAUGAUAUUAUUGAUAUAUGUACACCAUUUUUAUCAUCAUUCGAAAUGACUAAUCAAGACCAAUUAUCAUCAAACACAAACUAUUUACUAUCCAAUACAAAAUCAGAUAAAGAAAUCAAUAAUAAUCAUUUUGGCAGUACACGUCGAAUACCGCAUUAUCUCCCAAAUAAACAAUUUCUGAUCAUUCUCUUUACAGUCUUCCUUGCAUAUGCCUCUUGCCGGCUGUUUUAUGAUUCAACUCGAAAUAAAACUAUAGCAUCAAGCUCAUCCGAUUCUUCUGUAAACAUACAAUCUCGCAUUCAAAAUGAUCGCGACGACUUGAAUAAACAACUUCGAAAACUUUUACUAUGGAGAAAAACUCAAAUAUUAUCUUUAGACAAAGAAAAUCGACGAGCCAUUGAAGAAUUUUUAAUUACUAAUUCUGAUGGUCGUACGAAAAUGACGGUGGAUAAAUUUCAAAAAAUACUGAACAUGCUAGAUUUAAAAAUCGCAUUGAUACCACGUUGA